ACGUAUUUAACGCAAUAAGCUCCGGUGACUAGUCAUCACCGCUCGUCGGUUUACUCGACACGCAAGCACUUGCUUUCAGGCGAGGUUCAUUUCCAUUGUGGAAGAGAAAGAGACCUCGUACCUCAGCUCAUAGCACAGCGUCAGAUUAGGAAUUGGAAGAAAGCAAAAUCGAGAAACCCGAUGGUGAAAUCGGAGAGAGAUCUUCAGUGCCAGUGCGUGGGAAGACUCGAAGUCGUUCGGCCCAAACCCGUGGGCUUCCUCUGCGGUUCUAUCCCCGUUCCCACCGACAAAUCCUUUCAGGCUUUCAAUUCCUCCGCUCUCGUCCCCUCUCACCAAACAGUGAGCGCUCCGCGGUACCGGAUGCUUCCGACGGAGACAGACCUCAAUACGCCUCCGCUUCUCUCGAACUUUCUAGACAAGGUUCUUCCCAAUGCCGCCGUGCAGUCCAAGGCCACUGGAGAUUUACCUUGGGAAGGUGGUGCUGUUACAUCAAAUCUUUCUAGGAAAUGUGAGUCCCUUGCAGUAUCUGGUUUGGUUGAGUAUGGGGAUGAGAUAGAUGUGAUUGCUCCAGCUGACAUUCUAAAGCAGAUUUUUAAAAUGCCAUACUCCAAGGCACGAUUAUCCAUUGCAGUACAUCGUAUAGGACAAACUCUUGUUCUGAAUACUGGGCCUGAUGUUGAAGAGGGAGAAAAGUUGAUUAGAAGACAUAAAAAUCAAUCAAAAUCUGUAGAUUCGUUAUUUCUGAAUUUUGCUAUGCAUUCAGUUAGAAUGGAGGCUUGUGAUUGUCCUCCAACUCAUCAAGUCCCAUCACAGGAGCAAUCAAACUCUUCUGUUCUUCCUGGAGGAAGUAGAACGCAGUUUAUGGGGACAUGUGACAGUGUUGUUCAAGAUGAAGGAUUCAAUUGUUGUUCUGAGUACCCUCAAGUUAAACAGGAUGGCUUCUUUUGGGGAAAUAAGAAGAAGAAGAGAAGUAAAGGGCGUGAUCCUGUUCAAAAGGCUUCACAAGUUGGUGAGAAGCAGAGGUGCUCAAUGCAAGAGUCUGAAAAACAUAGAAGAGUCAGUAAUGAUGGGUUUCUAAGGGUUUUGUUUUGGCAGUUUCACAAUUUCCGUAUGCUUUUGGGCAGUGACUUACUUAUGUUCAGUAACGAAAAAUAUGUUGCUGUGAGCUUGCAUUUAUGGGAUGUUACACGACAGGUCACUCCAUUAACUUGGCUUGAAGCUUGGCUUGACAAUGUCAUGGCAAGUGUGCCUGAAUUGGCCAUCUGUUAUCAUCAGAAUGGUGUUGUUCAAGGUUAUGAGCUUCUGAAAACAAAUGAUAUAUGUCUAUUGAAAGGAAUCUCUGAGGACGGCACUCCUGCUUUUCAUCCUUAUGUUGUCCAGCAAAAUGGCCUUUCUGUUUUGAGGUUCCUUCAAGAAAACUGCAAGCAGGAUCCUGGUGCUUAUUGGCUUUAUAAAAGUGCAGGCGAAGAUUUAAUUCAACUUUUUGAUCUCGCUGUUAUUCCCAAGACCCAUUCUUGCAAUGAUUGUGAUCAUGCCUCAAGCUCCCUGCCUUCACUCUUGCAUAGGGGACGAAGUGAUUCCUUGUAUUCAUUAGGGAUUCUCCUGUACCGAAUCGCUCACAGGCUUUCACUUUCAUUGGCUCCUAAUAAUAGGGCAAGAUGUGUGAGGUUCUUUAGAAAAUGUUUGGAUUUUCUGGAUGAGCCAGAUCAUCUGGUUGUACGUGCAUUUGCUCAUGAACAAUUUGCGAGGCUCAUUUUAAAUUAUGAUGAAGAGCUGGAUUUCACAUCUGAAUCUCUUCCUGUAGAAUGCCAAGUUAAAGUUACUGAUGCCGAGGAAGAAUCCUCAGACUUUGUAAGUAGUAUUUCUGAAUCAGCUGUCGAUGGAAAGGUCUCCUCUUUAGUUGCAGAGGACAAACCAUAUGAAGAUGGACAAAGUUUUCAGGAUUUAGUAUCAGAUGCUUCUGUCAAGAUGACUUUGGAGGCGAAUUUAUCUGCUUCCAGAAAAUUGAUAGCUGCAGAUGAGACAGAAUUAACGGAUCCAGGAGGAACUGCGCUAACUUCCAGUGGUGAUGAAAACUUUGCAGUGUGCAAGGUGUCUCCAACACCAGUUCAAACUGUCACUGAUCCCAUUUCUUCUAAGUUAGCUGCAGUACAUCAUGUUUCUCAGGCUAUCAAGUCUCUCAGAUGGACGCGACAACUGCAGAGCACUGAACCAGAGCUGGUGGAUGAAGGCAGGGAAACUAAUGAUACACUGUUUUCUGUUUGUGCAUGUGGUGAUGCUGACUGUAUUGAAGUUUGUGACAUUCGGGAAUGGCUUCCAACAUCAAAAUUGGACAAUAAGUUGUGGAAACUUGUUCUUUUGCUUGGAGAAUCUUAUUUGGCACUUGGUCAAGCUUAUAAGGAGGAUGGUCAGUUGCAUCAGGCAUUGAAGGUUGUAGAAUUGGCAUGUUCUAUUUAUGGAUCAAUGCCUCAGCAUCUUGAAGACACGAGGUUCAUUUCUUCAAUGAUCAGUUGCUCAUCAUUGCAGAAGAAAUUCAGUGAAAGAAAUGAAAAGACAAGAUUAUACAGUGCUGGUGUGAAAGAUGAGACAUCCAGCUCUACAGAUGAUUCUCUUACUUUUGAGCAAUACUCUUCCACUUAUCUGUUCUGGGCCAGGGCAUGGACAUUAGUUGGAGAUGUUUAUGUUGAGUUCCAUAUGAUAAAAGGUGAAGAGAUCUUAAUACAGGCUGAGAGGAGAUCCACUAUUAGAGAGUUGAGAAUCUCUUCUGAGGUGGUCAAGGAAGUUAAAAGGCUUAAGAAGCAGCUGGGGCAGAAUAGCCAGAAUUGCAGUUCAUGUUCCUUGGUAAAUUGCAGCUGUGAGAAUGACAGGGCAAGCAGUGGUAGCAGUGCAAGCAGUAGCAAUGCAGAUAUGCGUGCAGUAGCUUACGGCAGAAAACACACAAAGAAAUCGUAUGCUAAGAGCACGCCCUACACGCUUUUGGGAGACCUUGAAGAUGACCAUGUACAUAACCAAAUGGACAGUAGAAAAAGUUUUGACAUUGGGCAUCUACAGCACAAGAGAGGUGAUGAAAGCCUAAAAGCUUCUUAUACUGAUAAUCUUGGGGGAAACCCUUUGGAGAGAGUGGAGAGUUUUCUGGAGAGGCAUGGCACAGGCUCCACAGUGGCUUCUCAAACUGAAAUAGCUUCUAGAGAAACACCCAAAGUGAAAGAAAAUGGUGGGAUAUUUAAGUACCUUGGGGGUCCUGUAGUUAGAGAUGCAGAGCAUAGUCUGUUAGCUGCCCUAAGCUGUUUUGAAGAAGCUAGAAAGGCAUUGGGUGGACUUCCAUCUGGUUCAGGAGAACUACAAUCUGUGGUCAAGAAGAAAGGGUGGGUUUGCAACGAACUGGGUCGUAACCGGCUUGAAAGAAGAGAAUUGACCAGAGCUGAAGUUGCUUUUGCAGAUGCUAUAAAUGCAUUCAGAGAAGUUUCUGAUCACGCAAACAUUAUAUUAAUUAACUGUAAUUUGGGCCAUGGCAGACGAGCAUUGGCUGAAGAGAUGGUAUCAAAGAUCGAAGAUCUCAAAAUACAUGCACUCUUCCGUAAUGCAUACAACCAAGCAUUGGAGACUGCGAAACUAGAAUAUAGUGAAUCACUGAGAUAUUAUGGAGCAGCAAAGUCGGAACUAAAUUUUGUUGCUGAAGGGGCUGACUCUGUGACAAGCAGCUUGAGGAAUGAGGUAUGUACACAAUUUGCCCAUACAUAUCUGAGGCUUGGCAUGCUCUUGGCUAAAGAAGAUGCAACUGCUGAAGUUUAUGAAAAUGGAGCCUUGGAAGAUAAAUGUGUAAAUUAUACCAGUCCUAGUGACAGAAGAGCAAGGAAAGAGUCGAGAAAGCAUGAGAUUUCAGCCAAUGAUGCCAUACGGGAGGCAUUGUCUGUGUAUGAAUCGCUCGGUGAAUUGCGUAAACAGGAGGCUGCAUAUGCUUAUUUCCAGCUGGCUUGCUACCAAAGGGAUUGUUGUUUGAAGUUUUUGGAGUCAGAUCAUAAGAAAAGCAACUUAUCUAAAGGGGAAAACAACAUUCUCCAACGGGUCAAGCAGUAUGCUUCCUUGGCCGAGAGAAACUGGCAAAGAGCCAUGGACUUUUAUGGCCCACAAACUCAUCCCACCAUGUACCUGACUAUUCUCAUGGAGAGAUCAGCACUUUCAUUAAGCCUUUCAGGCCUUCUACACUCAAAUGCGAUGCUGGAAUCCGCUCUAUCUCGCAUGCUUGAAGGACGUCACAUAUCAGAAAAAGAUUCGGACUCUUUCAGAACCAACUAUCCUGAGAUACAUGCAAAAUUUUGGAGACAGUUGCAGAUGCUUUUGAAGAAAAUGUUGGCCGUAACAACUUCAGCAAGUGCAAACAAGUCUUCUCCCGUCUCUCAACCAAAUCAAGUAUCCAACAAGGCUGGAGAUGCUGGAAAGCUAAGGGAGCUUUACAAAAUGUCUCUGAAGUCCACUGAUAUGAGUGAAUUGCAUGCUAUGCACGCACUGUGGACAUCAUAAUCAAAAACAUGCCUCUACAGUUGCUGUUUUUAAAUAUUUUGCAUCUUAGGUAGAAAGUGCACGUGGUUAUGUAUAGUCAAAUAUUAGUUAUACCAAAUAUAGUGUAGGAUACUCUUUUUGGAUUGUCUAUUUAACAGAGAGGAAGAUUCUGAAGAUGACAUGAAUAACACUUUCGGGUAUCCAUUUUGAUUCUGAGACUUCAGGAUUAUACAGGAUUUUGAUUCUCAAUACCGUCGACUUUUCCUGUUUGAAUUUGCUUGGAAGGUUCAGGACCAAUGUAUAUUUGAAGAGCUUGUUCCAUUUUCUUCCUCUUACCUUAUUGAUCA